CACACAAGAGAGUUUCGAAUUGGUUGUUUCCGAAACACACAAGAGAGAGAGAGAGAAGCUUCACCAAUCUGAAUCCUAACCUCUCUUCAAAAACCAACACCCUUCGAUUCUUAUGAAACUUCAUUGCCCCCGCUCAAGAAGAACACUUGCCGCCACUUUACAACAGCUCCGCUUCCUCCAAACACCUCGUAUCGAUGCUCGCAUCAUCAAAACCGGGUUCAACACACACACGUGUCGCUCCAAUUACAUCCUCGAAGACUUCCUCCGUAGAGGCCAAGUCUAUUCUGCACGCAAGGUGUAUGACGAAAUGCCUCACAAGAACACCGUCUCCACAAACACCAUGAUCUCCGGUUACGUCAAGUCCGGUGACGUUUCCUCCGCCAGAGAUCUCUUCGACUCCAUGGUGGAUCGAACCGUGGUCUCUUGGACUAUCUUGAUGGGGUUCUACGCUGCUGCGAACAACAGGUUCGACGAAGCUUUCGAGCUUUUCAGACAGAUGUGCAGGUCUUGCACCUUGCCUGAUCAUGUCACCUUCGCCACGCUUUUACCAGGGUGCGACGACGCGGUCGCUGUGGCGCAGGUUCAUGCCUUUGCCGUCAAGUUAGGGUUUGAUAGGAGCCCUUUUCUCACUGUUUGCAAUGUCUUUGUUAAGUCUUACUGUGAGAUAGGGAGGCGUGAUUUGGCACGUGCGGUGUUUGAGCAGAUUGAAGAGAAGGACUCUGUCACGUUCAACACGCUUAUUACAGGGUACGAGAAGGAUGGUUUGUACACUGAGGCGGUUCGUCUUUUCCUCGAAAUGCAGCAGUUGGGUCACAAGCCUUCGGAUUUCACCUUCUCUGGUGUUCUCAAGUCCGUUGUUGGGUUACGUGAUUAUGUUCUUGGUCAGCAACUCCAUGGUUUAGCUGUUUCUAGUGGAUUCUCUAGUGAUGUGGCUGUCGGGAAUCAGAUUCUUGAUUUCUACUCCAAGCAUGAUUGUGUUGUAGAGACUAGGAAGCUUUUCAACGAGAUGCCUGAGUUGGAUUUUGUUUCUUACAAUGUGGUCAUCUCAGGGUAUUCACAGGCUGAGCAGUAUGAGGAAUCCUUGGGACUGUUCAGAGAGAUGCAGUGUUUGGGGUUUGAACGCAGAAGCUUCCCUUUCGCUACUGUUCUGAGUAUUGCAGCUAACUUGUCAUUGUUGCAGAUGGGUAGACAGGUGCACUGCCAGGCCAUCGUGGCUACUGCUGAUUCGAUCCCUCAUGUCGGAAACUCUCUAGUGGAUAUGUACGCAAAGUGUGAGAUGUUUGAGGAAGCUGAGUUGAUAUUCGAUAGUUUAUCACAACAGAGCACUGUUUCAUGGACGGCUCUGAUCUCAGGUUAUGUUCAGAAAGGGCUUCAUGGAGAUGGUCUUAAACUGUUCACCAAGAUGCGAGGAGCGAAUCUACGAGCAGACCAAUCCACUUUCGCUACUGUAUUGAGAGCUUCUGCUGGUUUCGCUUCUUUGUCUCUUGGGAGACAACUCCACGGGUUCGUAAUAAGGUCAGGGAACUCAGAGAACGUCUUCUCCGGAUCUGGACUUGUUGAUAUGUACGCCAAGUGUGGUUCUAUCAAAGACGCGGUUCAAGUAUUCAAAGAGAUGCCUGACAGGAAUGGAGUUUCUUGGAAUGCUUUGAUCUCAGCUUACGCUGACAACGGAGAUGGAGAAGCAGCGAUCGAUGCGUUUGAGAAGAUGAUUCGCUCAGGUCUCAAGCCAGAUCCUGUAAGCGUCUUGAGCGUCUUGACUGCAUGUAGUCACUCUGGAUUCGUUGAACAAGGAACCAAAUAUUUCGAGGCAAUGUCUCGUAUCUACGGGAUCACUCCAGGAAAGAAACAUUACGCGUGCAUGCUGGAUUUGCUGUGCAGGAACGGGAGAUUUGAAGAAGCGGAGAAGCUGAUGGAGGAAAUGCCCAUUGAGCCAGAUGAGAUCAUGUGGUCAUCAGUGUUGAACGCAUGCCGGAUUCACAAGAACCAAGGCCUCGCUGAGAGAGCAGCAGAGAAACUCUUCAGUAUGGAGAAGCUCAGGGACGCUGCUGCUUACGUAAGCAUGUCAAAUAUCUAUGCAACAGCAGGGGAAUGGGAAAACGUUAGUCUUGUCAAGAAAGCGAUGCGUGAACGGGGGAUCAAGAAAGUUACUGCUUCUAGCUGGGUUGAAGUGAACCACAAGAUUCACUACUUCUCAUCGAAUGACCAGAGACACCCGAGAGGAGAUGAGAUCAUGAGGAAGAUCGAUGAACUGACGGGCGAGAUUGAAAGACAAGGGUACAAGCCUGACACAAGUUGUGUAGGACAAGACGUAGAUGAGCAGAUGAAGAUCGAGUCGCUUAAGUUCCACAGCGAACGUUUAGCCGUUGCGUUUGCGCUUAUCAGUACACCAGAAGGGUCUCCGAUCGUUGUGAUGAAGAACUUGAGAGCCUGCAGGGAUUGCCAUGCUGCGAUAAAACUAAUAUCCAAGGUUGUAAAGAGGGAGAUAACUAUAAGGGAUUCAAGAAGAUUCCAUCACUUUAGAGAUGGGCUCUGUUCUUGUGGGGAUUACUGGUGACUGACUCAACAUUACACCCAACAACCUCACGUUUGCGUGUGUGCAAAGUUGCAAACUAAAGUUAAAAAGUUUUGACUCGAGAGAACAAAUGUAAAACCAUUGGAAUCUUUGUUACGAUGUAAAAACAAAGUGGAUUUGGACUUAAACCGUGUGUUACGAUGUAGUAAUUGGUUUUCUUUUUCA